UAGGGGCCCCUUGAAUGGAAACGUGUAUAAUGCCAGCAGCUAAACGGCGACGAACAACAGAACAUGCGCGCACCCGCAUGUUCCCCUGUCCGGUUUCUUAGCUGAUUAUCCAGUACGUGUACGGAAUAAGCGCCCCCCCGUCUCCUUUAUGCAAGAGUGCGCAUCCAUCUGCCUUGGCCACCGCAAUGGAGUUUGUCGUGGCAUGUACGUGGACAUUCGGACGCGCAGGCAUGCAUCUCCAAUGACGAGAAAAGUACCUCUUGGGGCAGUAGACACCGACGGUUUGAUAGUAACUGUUAGGCAGGAUUGCAUAUCAUGCUCUCACCAGCAGCAGGUGUGCUGUACUCGGUGGCAGCAACCUCGCACUUGAGCCCCAGGUAUCUAUCGGGUAGCCAUGGCGGCAAGC